UUACAUAUAUUCUUUGAGUGUCUGUUUUAGGCUGACAUCUAGUGGACGUUUUAUUAUCUGUGACCUUUAGGCUGGCAGAGAAAAUUGUUUGCUACACGUCACUCAAACACAGAAUCAGGAAACAGGAACUCACGUGUUCAGAGAAAGAGAAAGUGAAGUGUAGUUGAGCUGUAAAAUGGCAGAAGCCAGAAUUUCAGUGGAUCAGAAUCAGUUCAAGUGUUCAGUGUGUCUGGAUCUCCUGAAGGAUCCAGUGACCAUUCCCUGUGGACACAGUUACUGUAAGAUCUGUAUUACAGACUGCUGGGAUCAGGAGGAUCAGAUGAGAGUCUACAGCUGUCCUCAGUGCAGACAGACCUUCAGUCCAAGACCUGGUUUAGCUAAAAACACCAUGCUGGCUGAACUGGUGGAGAAACUGAAGAAGACUAAACUUCCUGCUGACUGUUACGCUGGAGCUGGAGAUGUGCAGUGUGACAUCUGUACUGGAAGAAAACACAAAGCCGUCAAGUCCUGUCUGGUGUGUCUGAACUCUUACUGUCAGAAUCACCUCGAACAACAUGAGAGUUGGUUUAAAGGAAAGAGACACAAUCUGACUGAAGCCACCGGACGACUGCAGGAGAUGAUCUGCCCAAAACACGACAAGAUCCUUGAGGUUUUCUGCCGCACUGACCAGAAGUGUAUAUGUGUGCUGUGUAUGGAUGAACAUAAAAACCACGACACUGUAUCAGCUGCAGCACAGAGGACAGAGAAACAGCACCAGCUGAAGGAGACACAGAGGUUGUUCCAGCAGAGGAUUCAGCAGAGAGAGAAAGAUCUUCAGCAGCUGAGAGAGGCUGUGGAGUCUCAUAAGCGCUCUGCACAGACAGCAGUGGAGGACAGUGAGAGGAUCUUCACUGAGCUCAUCCGCUCCAUUGAGAGAAGCCGCUCUGAGGUCACACAGCGGAUCAGAGAUCAGGAAAAGACUGCAGUGAGUCGAGCUGAAGGACGACUAGAGCGACUGGAGCAGGAGAUCAAUGAUCUGAGAAGGACAGACGCUGAGCUGGAGCAGCUUUCACACACACAGGAUCACAUCCAUUUCCUGCAGAGUUUCCAGUCUCUCUCGGCUCCUCCUGAAUCUACAGACAUAAAUGACGAUCCCUUCAGUUCUCUCUCCACUUUUGAUGUUGUGAGAGAAUCUGUCCUUCAGCUGAGAGAAAAACUGGAGGGUUUCUGCAAAGAGGAGCUCAAGAAGAUCUCUGACAGAGUCACUUUCACCAACAUUGUUCCCAGAACCAGGAACGACUUCCUACAAUAUUCCCAUCAGCUCAAUCUGGAUCUGAACACAGUGCAUAAACUCCUCCGUCUGUCUGAGGAUAACAGAGUGGUUACUAACGCUUACAGAGAGCAGCCGUAUCCUGAUCAUCCAGACAGAUUUGAUGUGCGUCUUCAGGUGUUGUGUAGAGAGAGUGUGUGUGGACGCUGUUACUGGGAGAUUGAGUGGUAUGGAAGCUGUGUGCAUAUAUCAGUGUCAUAUAAGAGCAUCAGAAGGAAGGGAUGGGAUAUUGAGUGUUUGUUUGGACGUAAUUAUCAGUCCUGGAGUUUGUUCUGCUCUUCCUCUAGUUAUUUUUUAACGCACAAUAGCAUAGAGACUAAACUCGCUGUAAGGCCCAUCAGAUGCGGUAUAAUAGGAGUGUAUGUGGAUCACAGUGCAGGAACUCUGUCCUUCUACAGCGUCUCUGGAGACACAAUGAGCCUCAUCCACACAGUCCAGACCACAUUCACUCAACCGCUCUAUCCUGGGUUUACUGUUUGUUGUAAUUCAUUAGUGAAACUGUACUGAUUUAGAACUUCAGUCAUUGAAAUAACAUGUUACAAUGAAAUCAUGCAAUAAAUCCUCAUAUAGAAAGUAAUAACUGUGUCAUGGUGGCAAUGUGUACACAGCAAAAGAGUUAAAUUAACAGUGUUCAGUGUUUACAUAAGUCCACGCUAGAAAGUGUUACGCCAGGUACACUGCACGAUUAGCCCCAUUUUUCACUUGCUCAUUCACAUGAGUGACAAUCAUGUAGUGUGUACUAUCAAAGACUCAAAAGAGAGGCUGAUGCGCCACUGAUGCCUGUGGUUUAUUUAGCAUGCUAAAUAUCUGGACCUGCCUCCAACUCGAGUCAUGCAGUGUGAAAUGUGUUUUGACUGGAAAUUACAUCAGUGACAACCUACAGCCAAUGACAGAGCAAGAUACAAGGAAAGGGAUAGUUCUUUUUUUUUUUUUUUUUUUUUGCUGCAAAUCAGCGCACAGAAAACUUGGAUCACAAGCUUGCAUGCAUCAUUUUAGCAAGAAGAAAUCCAGUCUCGCGCAUGAACUUGUGUUAUUUCCUGUAUCAAUUCUCGCGUGUUUGGUUAUGAAACAUAGUUUGUAGACCAGAGUUGUUGGCAGUUCUUCCUACUGAAAUGCUGUGUAAUGUGAUCUAUUGACUUUGAAAAUCAUGUAGGGUGUACCCGACAUUAAAGUAAUACUAAGCAAUGUUGCCGUUUUUGAGAUAAUUAAAUGAUUAAGGGAUGAUUGAGCAUUAGUGAAUCAUUGCAGGAAAGAGGAACAACAAGAACAAAAAGAGAAGACAUGAGCAGAAACACAACAACUACAACUGACUUACUGCACAGACACACAGCUUUAGAUAAAAUUAACUGAAAAUAAAAGACAUUAAAUCUCAGCACAGGAUGAGCAGCAUUACCAUCUUCACUCAUUACUAACCAGUUUGACUUUAUUUCUUUCAUACUUCUACAAACAUUCUUCUUGAGAAUUAAAAGAGGUUUAGCUCUAGAUGUUUUAUUGGUUUCAUAAUGGUAAUCAUUAUGGUGAUUUAAUGUUUCUUUUAAUUGAACUCUUGACCCUAAACAUUUUUAAAUAUUUCAAUAAUGUUUCACUGACAAUUUUUACAUUGCUAAAGAAAGAGAUUUAUAAAGAAGACCUGCUAAAGUUGCCUGCUUGUAUGAUAUUUAAAUAAAUGCCAAAGUGGUCACUGCCAAUUUUUAAUUGAAAUAUACUUGUUUUAUUGAAUACUUAAUCACUAAAAUAUCUCAUUAACUGCAACACUGCUUAAGUGUUACUUUAUCACUGUAGAUUGAGACAAUAUGGACUCAGGAUGGACUUUGAGCAGUGUUAAUUUAAUACUGAGGAUUUUGCAGUGUGUCUGUGCUUUUCUCAAAAUCUAUUUGCUUUGAUGGAAAUCUCACCCCCUGGUUUCACAGACAAGGCUUAAGACUAGUGCCAGACUAAAAUGCAUGUUUGAGCUUUUUUUAAAUGAAAGCAACUUGCUCUGACAUACCUUAAAAUAUGUCAGCAGCAUUGUUUUGUCUCAAGAUGCACACCAGUAAUGUAAAUGUUUUCUAAGGCACAUUUAUAUAAGCUACUUAAAUGCCCUAAUUGAACUAAGGCCUAAUCUUGGCUUAGGCUAAGUCCUGUUUGUGAAACCGGGCCUCAGUCAUUUAGUUUUUAUUGUAGUGUCACAUAUCAUUUUAUUAUAUAAAAUUACCUUAUUAAGUACCUUUGAGUUGAAAUUGACCAUGCACUUGAUUCAUUGAAAGAUUUGUCCCAUGUAUACACUAAAUGCUUAAUUCUGAUUUGCUUAUAGAUGUUUAAAAGCUCUGGGGUCUGAGGUGUUUUCUGGGCCCUCGAUAUUUUGACAUGCCCUGACAUUUGUGCUUAUUUCUGUUACUUAUAACAAUUUCAUGGCUAUGGCCUUAUUUGAUAGCUAUUUUGCAAAAAAAAAAAAUUAAUUUUAGUCCUAAAUUUAUUUAUAUGAUGUAUAGAAUCUAUUUGUGAUAGAAUCACAAAUGAGAGCGUUAUUGUUUUGGCAGGUGAAUAGUACAUCUCCACCUGCAUAGAUACAAAUUUAAAAUUAAAGCUGAAAGCAGCGAUGAAAGGGCUCUCGCACCUGGGGCCACCGUCACCCGUUGGCCUUAGGAAAACAGUGAACAGUGGGCAACAUGCAUGUAAGUAGGUAAAUACAGUUGAAAUAUGGCAAAGUCAUUUCGACGUGCCACACUUCCUGCUGCCAACAGGUGGCGCUUUGACUGUAACUGAAUAUUGCCAUGUAGAUGUCUUUAGGCCAGGACUAUUAUCGAACGUGAAGUUUGGGGCAGAUCUGACAUUGUAUGCCCAAGUUACAACAACUUUUCGUUUCAUGGAGAAACAUCAAACUUUGUCAGGCCGCCACGGACACGCCCUUCAGUGAAAACUAUAGAUCUUCGCAAUUUAACAUAGCUAAGGCCUUUAGAUUAGACUGACCAUAUAUGAUGUUGAUCUGAUAAGAUCUCUAGGAGGACUUCGUUGAAGUACAACGUCUGGAAAUGGCAAAAAAUGCAAAAAAUUUGCAGAGAAUAUUCAAAAUAUGUCACUUCCUGUUGGGUUUUCAGAUUUUGCACCCAGGAACUUUUUUGUAGGUAUUGGGCUGUUACAUGUGUCGCCGAAUUUCAUACCUGUACGUGAAACGUUAAUCAAGUAACGUUAAUCAAGCAAGCUAGUAUGCAUAGGCCAUGAAGUGUUGGCGAAAUAACACAUUAGCAGACUGGAGGGAAUAAUAUUGAAUUUUUUCCAGAAAACUUCUUCCAUAACAAACAGAAAUUCAAGCACUUUCAAGGACCUGUAUCUGUCACGGAGUCACAGCCAAUGCCCAUCAACAUCCAAGCAUCGUCAACGGAUCUUGACAUGCCACCCACUCGUUCACAAUCUCCUGAGUACUAAUCACCUGCACCUCAUCACCCAUGGACUAUAUAAAGCCAUUCACUUCCCUCACUCAUUUGCCUGGUCUCGUCUACGUACCUGGACUCCUUACCGUCCACUCACCUGAGAUCACCGUGUUCCCAUCCUGUCGUCUUACGUCUCCAUUCCUUUGUCCUCUGUGUUCUCCAGCAUCUGCAAAGACAUUACCCAGUUAUUCUACCAGCUAAGUGACUGUUUCAAAGUGCUUGUUCCAAUACUCACCUGCAUCCACUGUCUGCCUGUGUUCAUGCCUCUGUUCAAUAAACUUGUUACACUUA